GCAAUACAUAUCCAUUUUUAAACCAAGAGAAAGGGAUAAACAUAUAUAAAGGAAACAGGAGGGAAAACAAGGAUCAAACAAAUGGCAUCGUCCUCAUUAAUGCCAACACUUGCAUACUCUAUUUCUCCUACUAAUUUCAAGGGAAUUACUUCAACCCCAAAUCCAUGGAAAUUCAGAAGAAUUUCUUUCCCCAUUAUUCGAGCAAACAGUACACUUGCUGACAGCUCUUCUCUCCUAUAUGCAGCCAAGCAUACUGUUGAUACACACAUAAAAAGUGGCAUGGUUAUUGGAUUAGGGUCUGGACACGCUUCUGGUAUGGCUAUACAGUAUUUGGGUCGGCAACUUCGUAUUGGUGUUUUAAAAGAUAUUGUAGGCAUACCCAUGUCAAUAGCAAGUGCAAGUGAAGCAGCAAAGGCAGGCAUUCGUUUGGACCAAUACCAAGAUGGUUCUCAAAUUGAUUUUGCAUUUGACGAUGCUGAUGUUCUGGAAGAAGACACACUAAUUGCAGUCGUUGGUCGCCAAAAAAUGCAAGGUGAGGAGUCAUUCAUCCAAGAGAAGUCAAUUCUAAAUGCAGCCAGUAGGCAUGUUUUCAUGAUCUCAGAAAAGCAGUAUAAAAGCCGUCUAGAUGGUUCCAUACCAGUUUUAAUUCAACCCCUGAGCUGGAUGGAAACUGCAGAACAGAUAGAUGAUUUGUUUUUAGGUGAUGCAGAGAUAUGGAGAAGACCUUCUAUAGGGCAAGCAGGUCCGCUUGGAGGUGACUUCCCUCUUGUUACUAGAGAAGGUCACAAUGUUCUUGAUGUCAUCUUUACGUCUCCAAUACAAAGUCUUGCUGAAGUGGCUGAAAGCCUUGACAAAGUUGAUGGGGUUGUGGAUCAUGGAAUCAUUUCCAAGUUCCCAUGCAGUGCAGUGAUUGCUUCUGAUAGUGGGCUAUACAUUGUAAAUAAUCCCUCAACAGAUGCAGAGACGGUUGUCUUGUGAGUGAUGUUUCUGGUAUUGUUCCUGUACACAACCCAUCCUUUUGUGAAGAUUAAUACCGAGUAAAGAAGAAAGAAAGAUAAUUAGAGUUAAAAGAUGUAAAUUUAUGGCUUUUUUUUUUCUUUCUUUUCCUGUGUGACUUAUCACUGAUAUGUAACAGUAUAUCGGUUUGCAGUUGAAUUAAUUAAACCAGUCCUGAAUUUUCUGUGUCAUAA